ACAUCACCACUUUAUUCAUCCAUCACAUUGUCCCUCUUCGCAAUAAUGAAGACCUUCACCACCUUCGCCGCAGUUGGCGCCCUCGCCGCCUCCGUUUCGGCCACCCCGGCCUUGACCCCCCAGAAGCGCGCCGACGUGACGCCCAUCACCAUCAAGGGAAACGCUUUCUUCAAGGGCAAUGAGCGCUUCUACAUCCGCGGUGUCGACUACCAGCCCGGAGGCUCAUCCGAGGCUAAGGACCCCAUCGCUGACACUGCUGGCUGCAAGCGCGACGUUGCCAAAUUCAAGGAGCUUGGCCUCAACACCAUCCGUGUCUACACCGUCGACAACUCCAAGGACCACGACGAGUGCAUGACGGAGCUUGCCAACGCCGGCAUUUACCUCGCCCUCGAUGUCAACUCGCCCAAGUACUCUCUUAGGCGCGACAAGCCCGGAAAGUCCUACAACAAGGCCUACCUUCAGAGCGUCUUCGCCACCAUUGACGCUUUUGCCAACUACCCCAACACCCUUCUCUUCUUCUCCGGUAACGAGGUUAUCAACGAUGACGAGACUUCCUCGUGCGCUCCUUACAUCAAGGCUGUUGACCGUGACAUGCGCUCCUACAUCAACGCCCGCAAGUACCGCAAGAUUCCUGUGGGUUACUCUGCCGCCGACGUUGAGGAGAACCGUGUCGAGAUGGCCCAGUACAUGAACUGCGGUCCCGAUGGCGCUCGCAGCGACUUCUACGCGUUCAACGACUACGCCUGGUGCGAUCCCGACAAGACCUCCGACGACUGGGAGAAGAAGGCUAAGACCUUCUCCAACUACUCCAUCCCUCUCUUCCUUUCCGAGUACGGUUGCAACAAGAACAAGCGUGAGUUCAACGCCGUCAAGGGUCUCUACGGCGACUCCAUGACCAAGGCUUACUCUGGUGGUCUCGUCUACGAGUACACCGAGGAGGGCUCCAAAUACGGCCUUGUCGAGCUCGAUGGCGACAACGUUAAGACUUUGGACGACUUCGACGCUCUUAAGAAGGCUUUGGCUGCUACCCCUGCCCCAACCGGUGACGGUGGCUACAACGCCCAGGGAACCAAAUCCGAAUGCCCCAAGAAGUCCAAGCACUGGAACGUCGACAUGGAUGAUGACACUCUCCCCGCCAUGCCCAAGGGUCUUGACGAGUUCUUCAAGAACGGUGCUGGCAAGGGCAAGGGUCUCGUCGGUGGAUCCCAGGACUCCGGAGAGGACUCGCCCCCAACUGGUCCCGCUGCGUCCGGCGCCAUCACCUCCGGUGCCGUGAGCAACGGUGGUUCCGGCUCUGCUGCCGCUUCUCAGUCUUCUCCCGCUGCUGCCGCCUCUGUCCGCGUUCCCGAGUUCGCUGCCUCUCCCUUCGUGGCCGGAUUCGUGGUCCUCGUCUCUUCCUUCGUUGGUGCGGCUCUUUUGUAAGCUUUCUAUGCCGAUUUGAAGAAUUCGUUGUGUGGCAUUCAGGUUUUCCCUACGUUGUUUGACGAUAGGUAAAUAGUGGAUAUGAUGUCUAGACCCCCAUUCAUGUGGUGGGCUAUGGCUUUCAUUUACAGUAAUC